AUGAGGAAUGGCACCACAGUGACAGAAUUCAUCUUAAUGGGGAUUUCUGAUCUGCCUGCUGUCCGCUUCUCUCUCUUUGCUGUUUUCCUACUCAUCUACCUGGCCACCCUGCUGGGAAAUGGCACCAUCCUUCUUGCCAUAGGAGCAGACUCACACUUGCACAAUCCCAUGUACUUUUUCCUCAGCAAUCUUUCCUUGCUAGACAUCUUCUGCCCCACCGCAACAGUGCCCAAAAUGCUGGAGAACCUCUUAACGGAAAAUAGAAAUAUUUCCUUUGCUGGCUGCAUGCUCCAACUCUACUUCUUGGUAGCCUUGGCAGGGACAGAGGGCUUCCUCUUGGCCGCCAUGGCCUAUGACCGUUAUGUGGCCAUCUGCAACCCCCUGAGAUACAUGAUUAUCAUGAACAAGAAGCUCUGUCUUCAGAUGGCUGCUGGUACGUGGAUCACAGGGUUUCUGAUCUCCUUGCUACACACAAUGAUGACGUCCACACUUCCUUACUGUAAUUCCAACAUAGUUAAUCAAUACUAUUGUGACAUUCCACCUGUCCUAGUCUUAUCAUGUGCUUCCACUAAUGUGGCUGAGAUGGUCGUCCUUAUCAUUGGUGGCAUUUUUGGUCCGGGAGCUUUUCUGGUGAUCCUGAUCUCUUAUGUUUACAUCAUCUCCACCAUCCUCAGAAUCCGGUCUGUGGAGGGGAAAUAUAAGGUUUUUUCCACAUGUGCCUCUCACCUCAUGGUGGUGUGCCUCUUCUAUGGGACCACUAUCUUCACUUACGUAAGGCCUUCUUCCAGCCACCAUCCAGACCAGGACAGGAUGGUGAGCAUGCUGUAUGGGGUGAUCACCCCCAUGAUGAACCCUUUCAUCUAUAGCCUUAGAAACAAAGAGGUAAAAGAGGCCCUGAAGCAUAUGAUGAUUUAUAAGCGGCAUUAACUCUAGAAGAAUUAUAAAAUAGAACUGGAAUGAACAUUACUGGAUAUCUUUUGGAAAGCAUAUAUGGCACAAGUAUUUUGACGUGCAUGUUUUAUUUUGAACUUAGCUAUUGGAGUGUUUACUGAAUGUUUGGAUCAACACAUAUUUAUCAUUUAAAGUUUUAUCUCAUUUUCCUGCUAACUGUUGUAUUAGCCAUACAUGAAAAAAUAACUAAAUGUGUUGUGAAUGAGUCUUCUGAGGUUGUGAGUGAUAAUGGAGGGAUCAGGAGAGGAAGGAAGAACCCUCGCGGGGAGGGCUCGCUGGAAGAUUUAUACAGGAAAAGAAUCAGGGAG